UUCAAAUUGCUCUUCGUCCCCUUGUGCCAUCAACCCCAUCCAUCCCAAGUGCUUCAUCGAUAUUCACCAUGACGGGUGGAAAACACCAUUGUUUAACCUGGUGGUGGAGGCGCCACAAAGGAACCAAAAACCACUCCACAGCUGAGGGAGAUGAAUCUUCUCACUCUCCAGCCCCUGAGCCACUCGUUGUGGACUCUGGAGCUCCCAUUCCGGCGGCUGGGGCUGUAAAGUCGCUGGCUGCUUCGGCCACGUCCAACCUUGUCGCAGAAGAAAAGCGAGAGUUUCCGACCGAGCCCCAGCAACUAUGGGAUGAGUCGUACGAAAGCCUCAAGAUCGAGCAAUCUUCACUGAUGAAAGCCUACGAGAACAUCCUGGCUCGUGAACUCAACGCGGAAUCCCUGCAAGCAUCCGCCUCUGUGGAUCAGCAAGAUGUGAUUGAACAGAAGGACGCGGGCAUGAGACGGGCGCAGAUGAGCAGGAUAAUUCAGAAAGGGCUGAACAGAACGGAAAGGGAAGCAAAAAUCAAACAAAGUGUAGGAAAGGGGGUGGAGGUCGCACUAGCAGUGGAUGAGAUCAUGAAAUUGGCCUUGAAGGCAUGUCCCGAAGCUGCGCUUGCGUGGUCGGGAAUUUCCCUGGGGCUUCAGAUCUUGUCCAACACUGCAAAAGAGACAGAAGCCAACCGCAAAGGGCUUGAAUACAUUUGCAGCAGCAUGAAUUGGUACUGGGAGCUAUCUAGGCGCUUUCUUGGUGAAAGUGGUAUAGAUGCCGCGCUCUAUGAGGGGUUGAGAUGGGAACUCAAGGCGCAAAUUGUGGGCCUCUACAAAGCGCUGCUCUUCUAUCAGAUUAUGAGCGUCUGCUCAUAUUACCGGAACCGCUUGCUUGGCUUUCUGUGCGACAUGGUUCAGCUUGACGACUGGGAUGGGAGCCUAGACAGCGUGAAGAGCAAGGAGGCCACUGUCCGCGAGCGCUUCAGCUCUUAUUUGGAUCAAUACACGCUGGAAUAUCAGAAAAAAUGGUCCGAGUUUCUGCAGGAGAUUAGCAAGAAUGUCCUGGCACAGUCCCUACAGCUGAGGGACAUGCAAGAGGAAAAGGACGACAAAAAGUGCCUGCAACAUCUGUUCCUCACAGAUCCCGCCACAGACAUGAUAAAAAUCCAAGAGGAAAGAGAAUCUCUCAUCUCUGAAUCCUGCCAUUGGAUUGUGAACCAUCCCCAAUUCACUACCUGGCAAAAGUGCGAGACAACUCGGCUACUGUGGCUCAAGGGUGGCCCUGGAAAGGGAAAGACGAUGCUGUUGAUGAGUAUUGUCAAUCACCUUUCUCUAACAUUGGAAGACAACAACAUCUUUUCAUUCUUCUUCUGCCAGGAGACUUCCAAAGAUGCCAAUGCGCGAGUACUUCGAGGGUUGAUUUAUCAAAUUCUCAUUCAGAAUCGCGCGCUGAUCGCUCAUCUCCGCGAUGUGUAUGACACACAAGGGCCAAAGCUUUUCGAAAGCAGCAACACCUCCACGGCUUUGAAGGCCAUCUUCGUUGAUAUGAUCGGAGAUCCAAAAUUAGAUCAAGUUUACUUAGUUGUCGAUGCUCUGGAUGAGUGCCAACCUGAGGAUCUGAAACAUCUCGCAAGCCUGAUCAAUGAAAGUGCGUCGAAAUGGCCGCAUGUCAAGUGGCUCGUCUCGAGUCGUCACAGUGUUGAGAUCGAAAGGAGUCUCCAGACGAAGGAAUACGGACAGGUCCUAGACCUUGAAAGAGACGUGGAAGAUCUCAUUCACAGUGGGCUGAGUCACUACAUCAGUCACAAAUUGUCGGACCUCUUCAAACGGUUCGGCGACACUUAUGCAGAUGAAGGACCUGGUGUUAUUGCGGAGCUCCAGGAUCUGCAGAAAAAAAUUGCCGACGAAGUACAGAGUAAAGCCAGUGGCACUUUUCUCUGGGUGUCCCUUGUGUUCAGGCAGAUCGACGAGUCUGACGUGGAUCCUUAUGGCGUGAGUGAGUUUAUCCGCCAGAUGCCAUCUACCCUGAAGGGGAUGUACGAUAGAAUGAUAGAACGUAUCAUCAACACUCCAACAAAGGGGACUUUCGAGUCUUGUCAACAAACUCUGUUGGCUGCAACCGUCGCCUACCGACCUCUUCAGUUGGGCGAAAUGAAAGAAUUGGCAGCAUUCAAAUGGCUUACUGAUGCCAAACGGAGCAUCCUGCGCUGUGGAUUACUCUCAAUCAGAGAGAGCGAUCAAACAGUCUCCUUUAUUCACCAGUCCGCAAAGGACUAUCUCACCGACAAAGAGUCAAAGUUUUAUUCGAGGCUUUUCCCCAAUGGACAUUUAGAUGGCCAUCAGACGAUAGUCACCAGAUCUCUCGAUACCAUGGAUCUCCUUCACAAGAACAUUGACAAUCUCGACAGCCCGGGCUUUCACCUGCCGGAGGAUUAUAGACCUCACUCUGAUUUGCUGGCUUUGUGUGGAUAUUCAUGCAUAUACUGGAUUGACCAUUUGUGUGAAACAGAGAGUGACCCUGGCAAAGUCGGCCUCUGCGAUGAGAAAAUCAUAGCAUUCUGUAGAAAACACUUCCUCCAUUGGCUUGAGGCGCUGAGCCUUCUCAAGAGCCUCCCGAAGGGCGUGAUUGCAGACCAUCCGUUGCAGACUUAUUCAUCGGCCAUAUUAUUCAGUCCCGAGCGGAGUCUCAUACGGACAAACUUCAAGAACGAAGAGCCAGACUGGAUCAUGACCAAACCAGCGGUAGAAGCCGAAUGGGGAGCUUGCUUACAAGUGGUAGAAGCCCAUCGUGAUUACGUUCGGGCAGUGGCCUUCUCCCCUGACGGUGAGCGUAUCGUCUCCGGAUCAGAUGACAAGACUUUGAGAAUCUGGGAUGCAAAUAAUGGCGCCCGUCUCAACACGCUCAAGGGUCAUGAGGACUGGGUCCGUUCAGUGACCUUUUCUCCUGAUGGCAGGCAUAUCGUAUCUGACUCAGAUGACUCUACAAUCAAGAUCUGGGACUCAAUUAGCGGUGACUGCCUUCAUACACUGAAGAAACACAGCGGGAAAGUCCAUUCUGUUGCCAUCGCACCUUGUGGUAAAUAUAUCAUUUCAGGCUCGGAUGAUCAAACAGUUAUGAUGUGGGAUGUUUCUACUGGAGUCUAUCUGCAUACAUUAUAUGAAUGUGGCGAUAUAGUACAGUCGGUGGUUUAUUCCCCGGAUGGUCGCUACAUUGCGUCAACUUCAGAUGACGAAAAAGUCAAGAUCUGGGAUGCAGCCCAUGGUGACUUGCUUCAUACUUUCAAUCAUUGUGGUGUUGCUGAGUCAGUCGCCGUCUCCUAUGAUGCCAAGUUGAUCGCAUCAGGAACAAAUAAUCGUGUUCGGCUAUGGGAUGUAAGCGGCACAUGUCUUCAUACACUGGAACAUUACGGUCGUAUCAGAGUGGUCGCUUUUUCUCACAACAGCCAAUUUCUCGCAUCAGGGGGAUAUGUCAGCGAAAUUAAGAUCUGGGAUGUAAAGAGUGGUGCUUGCCUCCACAAGAUAGGCGUUGAGUUGGGCCACAUCGAAGCACUUGUCUUUUCCCCAAAUAAUCGACAUUUCGUAUCGUUGACAAGUCCAGAUAACGUCAUGAUCUGGGAUUCCAACACUGGAGUGUGUUUGAACAAACUACGAGUGCCUUUUGAUGACUGGACUCGGACAUACGCCUUCUCAUCUGAUGGAAAGCAUAUUGCCUCGGCAUCAGAAGACGGCAGUCUCAAAAUCUGGGAUGCAAGCACCGGUGCCUGCUUAGUAACGACUCGCCAUGAUUACGCUAUCCGUCUUGUCAAAUUUCUUUCCGAUGGCAAUCAUGUCUUGUCAAUGUCAACCAAGGGCACGGUCCGACUUUGGGAUGCAAAAAGCGGCGCAUGUGUCAAGAUGGUCAAAGAUCAGACACCUGAUGCUACUGCAUUGGUUGAGGGGCAUAAGUAUAGCUUGGAUGAGGACAACAUGUGGAUAACAUACAAUGGCCAGAACCUCCUCAGAUUUCCCCUUGGUCAUGAAGUAUCCCGCUGGACGUGCAGCUCGAAUAGUCUGGUUUUUGGUUUCAGAUCAGGACGGAUUAUGCACUUCAAAUUCUCCGAAAAAGAUCCAUUCGCGAGGUGA